UAAAGGAGACAGUUAAUGGUGAUGGCGAAUCAUGGAAGUUCGGUACGAAGCGCUGGCCCUGCUAGCUUGGAGUACAUGGAGGAUCCGUAUUUUGUGCCUCCAGAUGACGAUUCAACGCCAAGUUUUGACGUGGCCGUGGACGAGUUAGACGAAUUAGAAGAGUUACAAACUUGGGCCCAUAAUGAUCUCGAUGCGGAUUGGCGUGCGCUCCCUGAUAUAGCUGAAUCCGCCUUGUGCAUCGAGACAGAAUUUUAUAUGGACAAUCGGCGGCGUCGCUUACGUAUAUUCAGGAAGAAAAUGCGUGAAGUAAGAGUCACGUUUCAGGAUUUAUCAAAGCCUUAUCUUGCCAAAAUGUCAAGCCACACUAACUACAAAAAAUUCUUAGGUAUAACAGUUGGAGCUGAAGAAGCAAUGUCAGGCACCGGAGUGGCAGGGGACAUACAUACUCCUGAUGAGCUGGCCGGCCUCACACCCGAGCAGGCAGACCAGCUACGCGCCGAAUGGAGUCGUGAGCUAGCCCGUGUCGAAGAUGAAAUUGCGACUUUGAGAACUGUACUGCAAAGCAAGAUCCGUCAAAGCUCGGACUUAAAACGUAAACUUGGCAUCACGGUGUGGAAAGAGAUCACCGAGGACGUCAAUCAGGGUUUGAAAAACGUCAAAGAAAGCCAAGUCUAUCAAUCGAUAGAGAAUCGUGUGGCUGCUCUUACAAAUGCCGUGACCGAAACACCCAUAUACCAAAAAACUGAAUCUGUGAUAAAAACGACCGCGGAGAAGACGUCUUCGAUCAUCGGCGGCAUCACGGCCGGCGUCUCCAGCAAGCUUGGUCAGAUGCGCAACUCGGAGUCUUUCCGCUCCAUCGAAGAACGCGUCGGUUCGGCUUAUGAAAACGUCAAGGGUAAAGUAGCUUCUAGAUCGAACUCGACUCAGAGCUUCGACGAGGCGCUGCGUGACGCCAGUGGCGCCACCUCGCCCCCUAUCCCCGAGCACAAGCCGCUGCCCUGAGCGGGACACUGAACUGUCACUCCACACGUCACACCUCACACGUCACAUGUCAUUCGCUAUAUCGCCUCUCCCAUACCGCGCCCGGCCCCGCGAGGCUGGCAACUCUACUCAUACGAAACGAAACAUGUUUAGUCUAAAGGUCUAGAUACCAGGCCAUAAAAUCAAAAAAAAAAAAGCGAAACGUUUAUAAACCCACAGCUUACCGUCGUGGACGAUAUGAAUAUAUGGGCCGGAAAAGAGGGUGUCCAUUCCUUUUUGAUUCAAUAUUAAUUGUCUAUGUGUAAUCAAAACACCUAUCACCAUAUAUUUGUUAUUAAAUAUACAAAAAUUAUUCAAUGAAAUUAUUCUACAAUGAGAGCUGUAAUUAAUUAGCGGGUUCGCAAAAUGUGUUUUACUUACAAACGGUAGGAAAGGGGCGACUAAUAUCUGGCAAGUAUAGAGCAUUGGCUUUCUUAGUGUCCUUUUGAUCGAAUAAGACCUAUUGCUGCAACGAAGUUUCUUCUAAACUCUUUUGAUGUCUGUCAAAAACAGUAAGUCCAGAGAUCGUGUUGCGCCGGUCGUCACGGAGCCCGCAGUCUAAUGUGUGACCAUUAUAUUUCUCCCACACGUACUGAGACGGCAUACGAAGCGUGGCAACGGUAUAUGGUAUGGUAUGGACGCGAGUAUGGGAGUCAUUACUAUUGCACCGCGAUGAAGUUGUCCUAUCGCAACUUUAAAUCGAUAAUCUUGAGUCCACGUUCCAUCAUAAAAUUGUAUCCCUCGAAUGUGUGAUCUUGGCGUAAGUUCUUGUUUACCCGUUGGUUUAAGAAAACUGUAAAACCCCAUUUUGCGAUAAAUGAGGUGAUUACGUUUAUUAAUCCGAUUUUGUACUUAUGUAACGUUUUACAGCAGAUUUGGAGUAAAUGUUUGCUUAUCGUAAGACGGCUUACAAAUUAGGCUAUAGUUUGAAAAUUUAUGUGAACAGGGUUGCCACUUUACGUCCUUCUUCGGAACGGUAUCAUAGAGAUUUUGACAUUGUAUUAAUGUGUGUUUCGGCAGCCAAGAUCUUUGAUUAUUAUUUUUCAGAUUAAAUUCGCGUUACGAUUUCUUACUUACUCAAUAUUCGCUUUUAUUAAAGAAAUUAAGUAGCGUGCGUGAUUAUGUCCAGAGUGCAAAAAAAAUUGCUUUGUGUGUCAUUUUAUGUCUGAUAAAUUUGUUAUCGAAAUGCAUUCCGAAUGUUUUUUUUAUUUAUUUAUUUAUAAAACAUGUAUUCACAAUUAUAUGCGCUUUGAAUAUGAUUGUUAAAAAUAUUAUGUUAAAAUUGAAUGUAUAACAAAUAUAAAACAUAAGCUUGUUGUUUACCUGUAAGACGCUAUCAUGACUUGCCGAAGUGAAGCCGGUGUGAAGUAUAAAAUGAUAUUUUUAUAAGAUGCUUAGCUUUCCUUAUGAACAUUUUCACUAUUUACAAAGUAAAUAAAGUUUAUGUACUAAAA